AUCUUGGGCGUUUUCGUCGUAAAGAUAGCCCACCAGAUGAUACACGUAUGGCUCGCUCGUCGCCGUUGGUUGGUUGUCGCUGCAGCUUCUUAGGCGAUUGUUCUCAUGGCGUCUCAUGCUUCCAGCGGAACCCGCAUCGAGGAGCGCGAGCGGCGCGUGUACAAAGAUGCCCAUGCUGCGCAAUUCGUCAAGAUCCGGCACUUUCCUGCGCUCUCGCAAGUGACUUCGUCUGGGGACAAUAUCAUCUUGCUGCAGGACGCGAUGGACAAUGCAGAAACUAAUGCUCAUCGGUCGACAAGGCAGUCGUUGCGGAUGGAGCGAAUACAGAGUCGGGUGGGGGAUGCAGACGCAUCGUUUCAAGCCCUUUUGGGCCCCAAAUCCAUGCUAAACGAGUUUCGCGGCGCAGUAUUGUGCAAGCACACGAAGGCCAGGGAUGUCCGUGACAGUGAAGGAUUCGACGACGCCAGCCCACGACCAGCCCCCAACCGUCGCCCCCGACCGGUGUUUAACGCGGGGAGCGCCAGUGAAGCCAAGUCGCGCAUUGCCAGACCCAAAGACUACGACUACCCCACUGGCAUCCACAGCCGCGAAGACCGCGUAUUGUCUCCUGCCCAACAAGCGCUUGUGGACGAAGCCAGAGCAAUGGACUCCAAGCCAACGUGGGCCACAACCAACGCGACAAAGGCGAGAGGGACCAUCGAAGCGAGUUAUUAUAUGAACUCGCCUAUGCACGACAUGGCGCUCGAUCGAAAGUACAUCAAGCAAAUCAUUCGCAUGACUGUUCGCGGUGGCGGCGCUGGCUUGGACGCGUCAUCGUCGAAUGCUGCUGCUCAUGCUCAAGUGCUGCAUUAACAUCUACACGACCACUCAGCCUCCUUGCGACAAUAAUGUAUUUGCACACAUUUGAUGAAAAAUACAAGCAUACCACUUCGGCACGC